AGCACUUUAGAGAAUGCUGCACAGUCAUGCGGAGAAGCCACACUGGGAACCAGGGGAAAAUAUUAGAAGAAGAAUCUGAAGGACACCAUCAAAUACUGUGCAGUUAUUGCUUCCUGCCCCGGCUUGAUUUUUGGAGUGUUGAAUUUAAGGAGAGAAUCUGGAUGUGAUAGAAAGCAAUUGAUUUUACCUUUCUGUGUUUCACUGAGAAUAUUCCUGGAGGAAUAGAAGCCGGAGAGUCAAUGCUACAGUAACUUUGAAAUUGCUGCACUGCAGCAUGCCAUCUUUCAUCUGUCUCUAUCUGUGCUCAAAGUCUCUCUUAGGAUUUGGAGAACAAUCAACCAUGACGACAGAAUCUGGAUCAGACUCGGAAUCCAAGCCGGACCAGGAGGCCGAGCCCCAGGAAGCGGUGGGAGCACAGGGGCACGCGGGAGCGCCCGGGCCGGAGCCGCCCACGGAGGAGCAGCAGCAGGCCCUAGAGCAGUUCGCGGCUGCAGCGCACAGCACCCCGGUGCGGAGGGAGGUCACUGACAAGGAACAGGAAUCUGCUGCCAGAGCUGCAAAACAGCUUGAGUAUCAGCAAUUAGAAGACGAUAAACUCUCUCAGAAAUCAUCUAGCAGUAAACUCUCUCGGUCUCCAUUAAAGAUUGUCAAAAAGCCUAAAAGCAUGCAGUGCAAAGUGAUACUUCUAGAUGGCUCAGAAUAUACCUGUGAUGUAGAGAAACGCUCCAGAGGACAAGUGCUGUUUGAUAAAGUAUGUGAACACUUGAACUUGCUAGAGAAAGACUACUUUGGGCUUACGUAUCGAGAUGCUGAAAACCAGAAGAAUUGGUUGGACCCUGCUAAGGAAAUUAAAAAACAGGUUCGAAGUGGUGCUUGGCACUUUUCUUUCAAUGUAAAAUUCUAUCCACCAGACCCUGCCCAGCUAUCUGAAGAUAUCACCAGGUACUACCUCUGCUUGCAGUUGCGAGAUGACAUCGUGUCCGGAAGGCUGCCCUGCUCCUUCGUUACCCUGGCCUUGCUGGGCUCCUACACUGUCCAGUCAGAACUCGGAGACUAUGACCCAGACGAAUGUGGGAGCGAUUACAUUAGCGAGUUCCGCUUUGCACCAAACCACACAAAAGAACUGGAAGACAAAGUAAUCGAGCUGCACAAGAGCCACAGAGGGAUGACGCCAGCAGAAGCAGAGAUGCAUUUCUUGGAAAAUGCCAAAAAAUUGUCCAUGUAUGGGGUAGAUUUACAUCAUGCUAAGGACUCAGAAGGAGUCGAAAUUAUGUUAGGAGUUUGUGCAAGUGGUCUGUUGAUAUAUCGUGACCGGCUGCGAAUAAACAGAUUUGCCUGGCCCAAGGUUCUGAAGAUUUCAUAUAAACGGAACAACUUUUACAUAAAGAUCCGGCCAGGAGAGUUUGAACAAUUUGAAAGCACCAUUGGGUUUAAGCUGCCAAACCAUCGAGCUGCCAAGCGUUUGUGGAAAGUUUGUGUUGAGCAUCAUACGUUUUUCAGACUGUUGUUACCAGAAGCACCUCCCAAGAAAUUCCUAACCUUGGGUUCCAAGUUUCGUUAUAGUGGCAGGACACAAGCGCAAACGAGAAGAGCCAGUGCGUUGAUAGAUCGCCCAGCGCCUUACUUUGAACGCUCGUCCAGCAAACGUUAUACCAUGUCUCGCAGCUUGGAUGGAGCAUCAGUGAAUGAAAACCAUGAAAUAUACAUGAAGGAUUCUAUGUCUGCUGCAGAGGUUGGUACUGGCCAGUACGCCACAACAAAAGGCAUCUCUCAGACCAACUUGAUCACCACUGUGACUCCGGAGAAGAAGGCCGAGGAGGAGCGAGACGAGGAAGAGGAUAAACGGAGGAAGGGGGAAGAAGUCACGCCCGUCUCAGCCAUCCGGCACGAGGGAAAGUCACCUGGGCUUGGCACUGACUCAUGUCCCUUGUCACCCCCAUCUGCCCAUUGUGCCCCCACAUCUCCCACAGAUCUCCGUAGGAGGUGUAAGGAGAAUGACUGCAAACUGCCAGGUUAUGAGCCAUCCAGAGCUGAGCACAUGCCUGGAGAGCCCACCGUGGACUCUGAUGGCCCAGGGAGGCCUUACCUAGGGGAUCAAGAUGUGGCCUUUAGCUACAGACAGCAAACUGGCAAGGGGACCACCCUGUUCUCCUUCUCCUUGCAGCUCCCUGAGUCAUUUCCCUCCCUCCUAGACGAUGAUGGGUACCUCUCUUUCCCCAACCUUUCUGAAACCAACCUCCUGCCCCAGAGCUUGCAGCAUUACCUUCCGAUCCGCUCACCGUCCCUCGUGCCCUGUUUCCUCUUCAUCUUUUUCUUUCUGCUGUCUGCCUCCUUCUCAGUGCCAUACGCUCUCACUCUCUCCUUCCCUCUGGCUCUGUGCCUCUGCUACCUGGAGCCCAAGGCGGCCUCCUUGAGCGCCUCCCUAGACAAUGACCCGAGUGACAGUUCAGAGGAAGAGACUGACAGUGAGCGCACGGACACUGCAGCCGACGGGGAGACCACUGCUACUGAGUCGGACCAGGAGGAAGAUGCAGAGCUCAAGGCACAGAAUAGUCUGAUUAAACGAAUAAAGGGUGAAAAUGUGUAUGUCAAACAUAGUAAUCUUAUGUUAGAGGAGCUAGAAAAAACUCAAGAUGACCUGAUGAAACAUCAAACCAACAUUAGCGAGCUGAAAAGAACCUUCUUAGAAACCUCGACAGACACUGCCAUCACGAAUGAAUGGGAGAAGAGGCUUUCCACCUCCCCCGUGCGACUGGCCGCCAGGCAGGAGGAUGCCCCCAUGAUCGAACCACUUGUUCCUGAAGAGACCAAAGAAGAAAGAGAGAUUUCUGAAAAAAUUAUAUUUUUGCAGCAAGGAAGCUCUCCAUUCUUUGAGUCUCAGCCAAGUGUGAUAAAGAAAAUGCAGGAAGGAGAUUCUGCUGACUCUGUGAUUACUUCUCGUCAAAUAAUUUUCCAGAAAACUGUCCCAUCGACCCUAGAGGGCACAGAGGAUUGGGUUAUUGUAGACAAAAUACCCACUGAGGUAGUUGAUGGUGAUUCGAAAAAGAUUGUGACUUACAAGGUGGUGACCGUGAGCAGUAGAACCGGUGACCUCGCACCCGACAUGUUAAAAUCUGGCACUAUUAAAAUGCAUAGCUUCGAAGACUUGGCUCGAGAAAUGCAACUGAAAGAAGACAGCAAGCAGAAAAUAUACACUCUAGGAAAAUCCUAUGACACUGUCUCCGGGAGAAUUGUUACUAUGACUGAGAAAGCUAGAGAGGGUGAGAAAGUGGGACAGCCCUCCACUGUGGAAGCCCUUCAGAAAAUAGAGAAAGGAGUGUCAGAGUCCGUGAAGACCACUCCCGGACUGGCAGAGUAUGAGGUCCUGGAAGCCCUCGCUGAUGAGAGAUCCAAGAGAGGACCCGAGGUCCAGACCACAAAGCGGAAAUUGUCCGAAUCCCUGGCGCCCAUCAAGGAGGCCGAGUCUCGCCGGCAGAGUCCAGAAGACGACGACCUCAAGAAGGCUCCACAGCUGGGGAAGGACAUGACCGUCCCCGCUGGCCUGGAAGGCAGACGCUUCAGCAAAACAGAGCAAGUGCCAGAGAGUGAGGUCUUAAAAGUGGGCCCCUUUGGCCCCCGAAGGAAGAGCCUGUCCGAAUGGAGAUAUUCCCAGGAACCGACCUUUACCGUGGCUACUGCCCAUUACGUUACUGAGUCGUCCGCCUCCCGAGUAGUGACUAAGCAGUCUUCUGGGGAAAAGCUCAUGGAUGGCUCUGAAAUCUUCAGUUUGUUAGAGUCUGCGCGAAAACCAACAGAAUUCAUAGGAGGGGUUACUUCUCAAACCUGGGUUCAGAAAAUGGAAACCAAGACGGAAUCCAGUGGAAUCGAGACGGAACCCGCCUCACACCACCGACCGCUUAGCACUGAGAAGGUGGUGCAGGAGACUGUGCUGGUGGAGGAGAGGCGUGUGAUGCACGCAAGUGGGGAUGCUUCUUACACAGCAGGAGACGGUGCGGAUGCCGUAGCACCGCCCACAUUCACGGGGGCUUCUAGUGUUAAAGGGAAGGAGGGCUCUGCCUUGACGGAGGGGGCUAAAGAGGAACCAGGGGAGGAGGUCGCUAAAGCUGUGCUGGAGCAGCAAGAGACAGCUGCUGCUUCCCAUGAGUCACAAGAGGAGCAAAGUGCAGCCAUCCACGUUUCAGAAACUUUGGAACAAAAGCCUCAUUUUGAGUCCUCAAUGGUGAAGACGGAAACCAUCAGUUUUGGCAGUGUUUCACCAGGAGGAGUAAAGCUAGAAAUUUCUACCAAGGAAGUGCCAGUAGUUCACACUGAAACCAAAACCAUCACAUAUGAAUCAUCACAGGUCGAUCCUGGCACAGAUCUGGAGCCGGGCGUGCUGAUGAGCGCACAGACGAUCACAUCUGAAACCACCAGUACCACCACCACUACGCACAUCACCAAAACUGUCAAAGGGGGCAUUUCAGAGACAAGAAUUGAGAAGCGAAUAGUCAUCACGGGAGAUGCAGACAUUGACCAUGACCAGGCGCUGGCUCAGGCAAUUAAAGAGGCCAAAGAGCAGCACCCUGACAUGUCAGUGACCAAAGUAGUGGUCCAUAAAGAGACAGAGAUCACACCAGAAGAUGGAGAGGAUUGACCAGAGGAAUAACUUAGCUUGCACAUGAAUGCAGUCAUGCAAACCAUUAGGAAAACCAGAGCCUAUAUGGACUUCCCUCUUCUAACCCAACUGACUUGUAUCUGUCCGUGGAAAAUUUCAGUCCAGAAGAAUUGACCUUGACCAUUAAUAAAGACACUGGCAGAGAGAUCCUCCCAUAAUAAAGCAAUCUGAUUCAGCAUCACUAAACUGAUAAUGCAUGAAGCAACAAUAAAAUUACAAAUAGCAGCAUUUUUAAUUUUCACAAAAUGUCUCAGUUUUCAGCUAUACCUGCACGUUCAUAACCAACAAUAUAAACCGUGAUCUCAUGUAACACAUAAGCAGUUCAUGCCUUUCAUAGUUUAUUAUUAUUAAAGUCUGAACAAAAUUGCAAUUUCUUAGGUAACAAACCUUUUGUUUACAGUUAAACGAAGAUUACCCUCAAAUACUAGAAGCUGUCUAGGUCCAUCUGAUGUGUCAGAUUUUUCCCAGAUUAGAUGUGCCAAUAACCAAGUUUAUUCAGUAAACAACUUAUACUUGUUUCAUCUGGUUUUAUUACUCUCACCCAUAAACAGUAAUGACUCUCUGACCCUCUGGAAAUAUUUAACGCUUACAAUCUUGCUUUGUGUAUCUCAUUUAAUUUGUUAUAAGGUAGUACUGAUUUUAGCAUAUUAAUGUGAUUUCUUCCUCAUUGUUUUGGUCUGUGUUCAAUCCAGAGAGCUUUUCAGAGUUCCCUAACCAGUCCUAAGUAUGUAAAUUGUCAUUAUUUUGGGAAGAAAAACCUGUAUUUUUGUUAGUUUACAAUAUUAUGAAAUUUCACUUCAGGAGAACCUGUUGGGCUUCCUGUGGCUUUGUUUUCUUGGUUUCUUUUUCUGUGUAUUUUUUAAUUGAUUUUUCUUCUUUUACUUGACAAGAGUGUUUUAUUUUCAAAUCUGGUCCAUAUUUACAUUCUAGUUCAGAGCCAAGCCUUAAACUGUACAGAAUUUUCACUGUAAUUAAAACUAUUUAGUGUUAUAUAUAGUCUUCAAAAAGAGAGAUUCUCCAUUACACAGUCACCUGCAUCACAGCCCAUGGUGAAUGUAUGUUUCUGCAUAGCAAAAUAAAAAUAGCAAAUGCACUGAAA